AUGAACCAAAAACUUUUACAUUUAAUCGAGCAUAUUGCAAAUUACGUCUUCUAUGUAGAAUUUGUGGUUUCCAUCUUCGGAUUCAUUUUUACUCUUCCUCAUCUAUUUAUUCUCACUAGAAAGUCAAUGAGAACGUCCUGCACCAACUCCAUAAUGAUGGGAAUUGCGAUAGUCGAUAUAAUUGUGCUUUUAGAAAUUAUACUGAAUAGAGCGUAUGGGUUUUGGAUCCUUGAAAAUCCGUGUUUAAACUAUGAAUCUUACAAUUUUGAAUUAUUUCUCUUGAUCGGAGAAUUUCUCGGAGACACCGGAGAACGAACCUCAUUCUGUCUGGGUGUGUUUUUGGUUCUUAUCAGGUUGAUCAUUACAAAACUUCGUGGAAGUGCUGACAGCUUGUCGAGUUCAGUUUUUGGAUAUAUCGUUUUUAUUCUUUUGCUAAUACUGCAUUCUUUGAUAUCUUACAGUUUUUAUUCAACAUUUUUUCUGAGGGAGUGGCCGUUCUCAUGGAAACCGAACGAAAAAUGCAUUGAACUUCCCCAGAAUUACAGUGAAAAAGUAUAUAUUCGCGCCUCGAAAGUUGAUAUCAUUUUGUUUGAUCCAGCCGAGUGUUACAAUUUUAUUACCGGACUUUCCAAGAUUGUUGUAAGUGUCAUGUACCCGGUUCUAGCUUUGAUGCUGAUACUUGAUAUUCGAAAGUCUGCAAAAACUGCGUCGUCACUCAGUGAAAAAAGAGCUAAAGAAAGAUACCACUCUGGACGUAUGAUUUUGGUGAUGACAAUAUUUUACACAAUUGCCAGUGCGCCUGGAGGAAUUGCCAACUUCAUUGAAGUGUACAUCGAGAUUCCUACUGAUUCACUUUUAAUGGUUAUCCUAGGGCAAGGUUCCAUAUUCUUUCAAGCACUGUUCUGUUUUAACUCUGCGUCUCAUUGUCUGAUUAACUUCUCAAUGUCUACGAAUUACCGAAACACGGUGAAAAUGGCAUUUGGGUUUCAAAAGAAUGAUGUUUUAACGGUUUCGAGAAAAACGACAAGAGCUACGAAAAUUUAA